AUGGAUGACCCCUCUCCAAAAGUGUUAAAGUUAGGGAAAAUCAAGGAUUUAUCGUUAGCAAGUCUGAAAAUUAACUCAUCUACAAUAUUCAAUCUAAAGAUGUAUAAUCGUUGGAUGGUUAAUUAUUUAGUGACGAAGCAGAGGGAGCUUUAUGAUUAUAGUAAUUUCCCUUUAAAUUAUAUCAGGAGUGGUAUGUCAAAGAAUCGAAAUGUUUAUAUGAGAAUGAGCACGUGUGCUCGUACCGCUCCUGAUAUGCCAUGGUUAAAUAUGUAUCGCGAUGAGAUUAAUAAGGAAAUAAAUUUAGUGUUAGACCCAACCUCAUCGAUAUUAAUAGGUUAUUAUUUUAUUCGUGAUACUCGAAGACUGUUAGAUAUUCAGGUGGCUAAAGGGAUAGCAGAUUCACUCUUAUUCCCUAAUAAGUGUUGA